AUUGUACCUGGAUAUUAUGGUGGAAAGAAGAUGGCAAAGAUAAUAGUUUCUACAUGUACACAUUUAGCGAUUUUUAAUAAAGUUAUUGAAUCGAAUAAAUGUCCUUUGAAGGUUUCUUUAGUUGGAAUUCCUCAGGAAAUGCUGAAUGAGGUUAAAGAUGAUGCUAUUUUUAAGGUGUUGGUGACUGAUUAUUCUGGUCAAGAGCAAAAUUUCAUUAUGAAUGUUGUUUUUUCAUGUUUAGUACACUUAAAAGAUACAAUUCGUCUUUUGGAAUCGUUGAUUUUUGUGGUAGGACAGUUAGAAAUAAUUGAUAAUGAAUUUUAUGUGUAUGCAAAAGAUGUUAGUUUCAUGGAUACACGUUUUGUUAGCAAGAAGAGAUCAUUUGAUAGUAAAGUGUCUCAAGAUUCUUCCACUUCCAGUAAUUCAAUUCGAUCUAAACUUUUAGUUACUCAUCAGAAUAUCGUUGAAAAUUCUAAAGAAAAGUCUGUGAAUGAAUCUUUAAACAGUUCAAGUUUUUUUUUGAACAAAGCUGAAUCGAGUUCAAGAGAUUGUUCCAGUGCAGCAAAACGUGUACGAACUGGUAGUUUGAGUGGGUCUUCUGAUGAAGGUUUAGGAAAUGUCGAGUAUAUCGAUCAUGGAUCUUGUUCAGAAGGAAGUGUUAAGAAAGUUGGGGAAUCUACAGAGGGUAGAAAAAAUAAGAAGACCAUUUCGCGUGGUAAAGGUAAACAACGUGUAGGUCGUUCUUUACAUAGUAAUUCAGGUUUAAGCGAAUAUAAUUCUGUUAAUGAUGAAGAGGCAGAGAUAUAA